AGACCAAACUGGACAGCCUUAAUACCCCCGAUACCAAAGUCUACUCCACCAAAUGCAAACGGCCCAGAACAAGAAGGCCGUGAUGAAUUCUUCUUUGAAGAAAAAGGUACAAAUUCCAAGAACAUAUCAAACCCAUGGAAUCCUUCAAAAUCAUCUUCGGAAUCGUCAUCAUCUUCGCAUUUAAACCCCAACCAGCGCCAUUCCAUUGCUGUAUCUCCUAGUGCACUGAAUGCUAAUCUAGAUGGUAAUGAUAGCGGCAAACCUCCUCUUAAAAGCUACGAUUCUACCAAGAGUGUCAUGCCAGAGAUUUCGGACCAAAAGCGACUCACAAAGCGCAAGAGUAAAAAAGUCUGUAGAAAAUGUGGUCUUGAUAUCACUGGUCAGUUUGUGCGAGCCUUACAUAAUGCGUACCAUGUAGAAUGCUUUUGUUGUCAUGAAUGUGGAAACCAAUGUUCGGCAAAGUUCUUUCCUUUUGAUGUUGUAGAUGAAGCCACUGGCGUUAAAACCCAAGUGCCUUUGUGUGAAUACGAUUAUUUCAAGAAAUUGGACUUGAUAUGUUUCACCUGCCACAGCGCAUUGAGAGGUCCCUAUAUCACAGCUUUGGGAAAUAAGUACCAUUUGGAACAUUUCAAAUGUGCUGUUUGCCAAAAAGUUUUUGAAUCCGAUGAAAGUUACUACGAGCAUGAGUCAAACAUUUAUUGUCACUACCAUUAUUCAAAGCUAUAUGCAUCGCAUUGUGAAGGUUGUCAUUCUUCCAUUGUCAAACAAUUCGUCGAAUUGUUCAGAGGAGGCCGUAAUCAGCAAUGGCACCCUGAGUGUUAUAUGGUGCACAAGUUUUGGAAUGUGUGUAUCAUGGCAGAUUCAGUAGGUUUACAAAGUUCUUUCAAUGUUACUGAAAAUGAAAUUGCAAACCUACGUGAAAUCGAAGAAAAAGACGAUUUUGGUAUCGAUCCCAAACUUUUGCUUUCUAUUGAACAACAGAUAGAAAAUGUAGUUAUGAGAUGUUGGUUGACUCUUUCUGGGUACGAGGAAACCACCGCUACUUGCAUUAGUGAUAUGUUACUCAACGCAUGUACUGGAAACCAGAGACAAGGACUUCUUGUAACGGGAAAGUUGAUACUUAACGUAGAAGUUUUAUUCAAAGCACUUGACUGUGUGUUGGAUCUUUGUGACAAAUCGUUCCCAUUGGUUCUUGAUGCACAAAAACUGAAGCCACAAGUUGGUCAACACGCUGAUGAUCUGGAGUCUUCUUUCAAUCAACUCGAAGAAGAUUUCUUCCAGCCUUUGAAGAAGGAACCCAGAAAUAUAUCAGGUAAGAUCAUGAGUUAUUUGGCCAUCUUAAGAAAGUCUAACCACAUUGCUCAGUCAGGCAGUUUGUCUGCUGAGUUACUAUCUGUGAUUACUGGAUGUGCUCACUAUCUAAAGCUAUUGAUCAGAAUUGGUCUCAACAAUGCCCUCAAAGUCAACAAGUUGAAUGGAAACACUAUUGCAUCAGAUAAAUUCCUUGAACUUACAUCUUCAUACGAAUUAUACAACAAGAAAUCUGAAAACCUGAGUCAAGACAACACUUUUCUGAUUUUGUCCAAGUUGGCUAUCCCUCCAAAGUCCACAGAUGCUUGCAUGUCUUGUACCAAGAGUAUUGAAAAGUCGUGUAUCAAAUUUGAGAACAAGAGAUGGCAUCCUAAAUGUUUCAAUUGUUCUGUAUGCUCAAGGUUUAUUUCUUCAGAGGAGUUGCCUGAUACCAAGUUCCAUGAAAAUGGCCUCGAAAUCAUUUGUCAAUUAUGUUCAUCCCCUGGAGAAGCUAAAGUAGGAUUUGAAAUCGUCAGCGAUUUGUCACAAUUAGUCUAUCUUUUGAAGAUCGCCCAUACCAGAUCCAAAGCAGUCAUGAAAGUGGACUUUAGAAAACAAUCACAGACAACCGUAGAGCAGAUUCAAAGACCUACUGAAGAAGCUAAGAGGCAGCAUGUUGCGGAAGACAACUAUUCUAAGACCAUCAACGACGUUACAAGAAUGAGAACUAGAAGACAGAGCCAGAAGUUGUCGAAUUCCAUCAAGAAGAAUGCUAGGAAAUCUGUAAUUGUAGAGGCGCCCGAGGCUAACAAAGCUAAACAGGAUGAUUUAGCCUACAGCAACUUGACAGAUGACAAUAUUGCAGAAGAGUUGGCGGAUGUCUCAUUUGAAAACAACAGAGGAGCUGAUACUCAGUUCAGUAGAUCUGACAGAAACUUCAGUGCCUCUUCUCAACUAUCAUAUGUAGCAUCACAACGAGAAAAUGAGCACUUCAACGUCAAGAAGUCUUUGAAGAUAAGAGAAGAACCCCAAAGACAGCUUACUAAUACUCAUCUCGACCGCACUUCAGAUUUGUUAAAGAACGAAAAGUCGUUGACGUUGGAUGAUAUUCCUAGAAUUGUAGCUGCUGAACAAGCCAGGGAUCAAAGACCAAACGCAUUCAAACAUCAUCAGACCUUAUACCAAAAACCUAAUCACUUACAAAAUGUCAGAACCAGUCCAAACAUGAUAAGCCCAAGUAGUCAUUUGGAUAGUAUUUUGACUACUCCUGUCGGGCAAGGUCACAUUGAAAAGAAACAGAAGUACUAUUCUGAGUUGACGAAAGAAGAGCAUUUUAUAAUGAGGCAUAUUGCUGUAGAAGCAUUGGGUGAAGUUGCUGGUAAUAAAUUCAACAAGGAUGAGUUGCUAUCAUUGAUUCAAACCAAGAAGCUGCCAACAUUCUGGGAUAAGUUCAAGUUUGGUAGCGAUAAGAAGGACAAGCAUUUGGGUGUAUUUGGUGUCGACUUGCAAGAUUUGACCAAAAAAUAUGGUAUUGAUUCAGACUUGGGUGUUGGACCUUCGAGAUUAAGAAUACCUAUCGUGGUUGAUGACGUCAUCAGCGCUUUGAAGCAGAAGGAUAUGUCUGUGGAAGGUAUCUUCCGUUUGAAUGGUAAUAUCAAGAAGUUGAGAGAUUUGACAGAACAAAUCAACAAGAGUCCAUUGAAAUCGCCAGACUUCAGCAUCCAAACUGCUGUGCAGUUGGCUGCUUUGAUGAAAAAAUGGUUGAGAGAGUUGCCUAAUCCGCUAUUGACGUAUACACUCUACGACAUGUGGAUUUCAUCGCAGAGCUUUGAAAACCCGGUACUUAGAAAGAGGGUGUUGCAAUUAACUUACUGUAUGUUGCCCAGAAGUCACCGCAACUUGCUUGAAGUGUUGCUUUACUUCUUCAGCUGGGUAGCUUCGUUUGCUGAAAUAGACGAGGAGACUGGUUCCAAGAUGGACAUUCACAACUUGGCUACGGUUAUUGCCCCAAACAUCUUAUUUUCGAAGCAGAAUAGUCAAGCAGAUGCCCAGCCUCAAGGGGGCGACACCUAUUUCUUGGCCAUUGAAGUUGUCAAUCAGUUGAUAGAUAUGCACGAGGAAUUGUGCGUUAUUCCUGAUGAUCUUCUUCAGUUUUUUGACAAAUGUGGCUUUGUCUCAGACAACAUUACUACAAAGGAAAUUAUGAAUAGGGUUGAUAAGGUACUCAAGGAAAACAGCAAAUAUUUCCAGAACUUUGAGAUAAAAAACCCUGAAGGUAUAUCCAACCAGGAAGUAAGAAGCAAUACCAUCUCUCGUGGCCAGUCCAAGGCAAUUCAUGAGUCCCAUGUUGAAGCCUCUGACGUCUAAUUGAACACUGCAUUACAUUCCCUUCAACGAUUAACACAAAAAUCACUACAUAACAAUCAAAACACGGUUAUCACAACCAUCACAACAGAUCAACAAAUCAACAAAUCAAGUCAUUAUCUUCAGGAUUUGAUAUUCGUAUGUAUUAUUAGUCACUGGCAUUAUCAUUCAUUCCUUUCAAUAGCUGCUGGCCAUGGACGUGUUUACAUAUGUCUAGAUAUAGUUUAAUGUAUUAGUAUUGAAACU